UGCACCCUUUACCGUUAUAAUGCCGCGUGCUUUUGGAACUUGUUAAAAUCUCAGGCGUACCCCAGUUCCUCGGAAGUUUGCUUUUUAAACCCAAACCAGAUAGAAAUAGGCCAAACAAAAUGUACACAGCCGUGAAGCCGCUGUCCAAGUACUUGCAAUUCAAGUCGGUGCACAUCUACGACGCUAUUUUCACCCUGCAUUCAAAGUGCACGGUGGCGUUGCUUUUGGCGUGCACUUUUCUGCUCUCCUCCAAGCAAUACUUUGGUGACCCGAUUCAGUGCAUGCACCACGACGAUCUGGACUACUUUCAUGCCUAUUGCUGGAUUUACGGAGCCUACGUGUCUAACACAUCAGAGCCUCAAUCUCUGUACGAUGGAAUGCAGUGCAAGCCGGAACUGGUGGGUCGCACGGUGUCCCGUGAAAAUCGUCGCUACAUUCGCUAUUACCAGUGGGUGGUGCUCGUUCUGCUCAUUGAGUCUUUUGUCUUCUACUUGCCCGCUUAUCUUUGGAAGAUUUGGGAGGGCGGCAGACUGAAGCACCUUUGUGCCGACUUCCACCAGGCGGUUGUGUGCAAGGCCAAGAGCAAGGCCCAUCUGGGAAAUCUGGUGAGCUACUUCAACAGCGACUACAAGGAGACCCACUUUCGCUAUUUCGCUAGCUACGUGCUUUGCGAGAUCCUAAAUCUGACGAUCAGUAUUGUAAACAUUCUCCUGCUAGACGUCUUUUUUAGCGGCUUCUGGAAACGGUACCUAAAUGCCCUAGCCGCUCUAUACUCCGGAGACCUGGAAUUGUGGAACAGCAUAACCACUAGCGUGUUUCCCAAGUGCGUCAAGUGCGAGGUGAUCAGCACCGGAGCCGGUGGAUCGGACAAUGUCUACGACAAUCUUUGCCUGCUGCCCCUCAACAUGCUGAACGAAAAGAUCUUUGGCUUCUUAUGCAUUUGGUUUCUGCUGAUGACUGUGCUGGUCGGCCUCAAGUUCAUCUACCGCUUAGCCACCAUUCUGCUCCCCGGAAUUCGUUUCCACUUGAUGCGUGCCAGGGGUCGCUUCAUGUCCAAAUCCCGCCUAGAGGAAACCCUGGGCAACUGCAGCAUUGGCGACUGGUUCGUGCUAAUGCGCGUGGGCAACAACAUCAGCCCCGAAGUGUUCCGUAAGCUACUGGAGGAGCUCUACGAGGCACAGAGGAACACGAAGAAACUGCCCCCAACUGCCGAAGAUGUCUAACAAUUCACCUACUUUACACAACCACCUAUACAUAUCCUUAUCUUGAUCUACGCUGAAGUAAGUUAGUUUAGUUUUUUUUUUUCUUAAGUCAUAUGUGAGAAUAGGACCACCUCCUGGACAAGAGAACCUUUCAUUUAUCAUUAUUUUCGUAAAAUAUCCUUAAUCGAUAUGUGGACAUUAUCGACGAAAUUGUUAAGGAAUUGGAGCUUAGCGAAAUAAAAUUUUGAGUUUUUUGUAA